CAAUCUUUGGGUUUAGAUUUGAGGUAAAAAAUCGGAUAAGAGAGCUCAACACCCAAAACUUAAGGGUAAUUUGCAUAAACGGUCACAAACCUUUGCACUUAGUACAAAACUUAACCAAUUCCUCACCCUUUAAGGCCUUAGGCCACUCAAAUGCCACAAUCUCAAUGUAAAAUCAAGACCGAAUUGGGACCGGACCGGAUCAAAACCGGAGUGUAUCCAAUCCAAUCUUCGGUCCUUAUAUUUUCAAAAAGACCGGACUGGACCGGAUCGAUUUGGGCCAAUUUAACCGGAUCGAACCGUAUAGCCACCCCUAAUGGGCGGACUCAGUACAGUGAAUCACGGGGUACGUGGCGGAAAAGGGAUGCACCGGAGUUGUGCUACGCGGAGACGUGUCGCGAGGUGAUUGGAGGAUGCGGCAUUAAGAGCCUGACAAGGGAAGCUCAUGGGCUGUCGGGGUCCGGCACGCAACAAAGCAACGAUGACGAUAAUGCAAUUAUUAUUAUUAUUGUAAUGGAUACGGGCCUGAUAUGGCCGCUGGCGGAUUGGGGCAUCCUUCGUUGAUUUCGAGAGAGAGGGGGUUGUGUUUAGGGAUGGCAACAAAACCCGAACUCACGGGUAUCCAUCCGACCCAAUCCGGUCAACGCGGGUAAAAUUCGUGUUGACGGAUUUUGGGCGGAUUUUGGUUUAAACCCGUUCACUAUUCAUCGGGUUGUGUUAGGUUUGGGUUUAGGUAAACCCGACCCAUGGAUACCCGUCCACACCCAUAUAAUUAAUUUUCUCGGUAUAUUUAAUAUUCUAAACAACUCAUCUUAUUUAUGUUUGUGGAGACAUGUCUAAUUUUUUCUUUCUAAUUGUGUACAAUGAAGUUGAUGUUAUCGAGUGGAGAGUGAAGAAACUUCGUUUGCUUGUUGGAUUUGAAAAAUGAGGGUUUUGGCCAAUAAAAAUUUUGGGAUUUAUGUUGGAUUUAUUGGAUUAUGGAUUUGAAGAGUCUAAUGUUUGCAUGAUAGAUUUGAUGAUUGAUUUGUUAAAUAAAUAACUAACCAUCAAAGAUUUACAAAUCCCAAAUCAAUAUGUGGGAUUUACAAGUCCGUGAGGUCCACAUAUUUGAUUUCAAAAUAAAGACCAAAUCCGUGGACCCCAUGGAUUUAGCACCCUUCAACAAACAAUGGACUUAUGUUAAAUCCAUCAAGCUUGGGAUUUGGGUACCAAAUCCAUAACUCAAAUCCAACAAGCAAACGACCCAUUAAUUGAAUGGAAGAAGCCUUCAAUUAAUCAUGUUAUUUAUGGAUAAUUUAUGAUUUAUUUCAAUUUUCUUGAGUUUUCUAGAUUGGUGUUGAACAAUUUGUAUAGUUAAUUUGUGAUUUGCUUGAAUUUUCUAGAAUGAUAUUUUAAAUAUGGAUAAUUUGUAUUGAGAGAUUGAUAUUUGACUUUAAUUUCGAUAGGAACUUUUUAUUGUAAAUUUUUUAUGACAAAAACCCGUGGGUACCCAUGAACCCGCGGAUACCCAGCGGGUUGGGUUUGAGUUUUUCUAACCCAGUGGGUUUUACCCCGAAUUUUUUUCACGGAUAAACCCAUGGGUUUGGGUUUGGCAAAACCCGACCAAACCCGGCCCAUUGCCAUCCCUAACUGUGUUUGCCUUUAUUAUCUACGAUUUGGUUUUUUUGUUUUACAAUCAAUUCCCUUAAGGGGUCAUUUGGAUUAGGGAAUUUAAAAAUGAGAGAUUUGGCCCUAAAUCUCUCAAUUAAAAACCCAGAAAUUUUAAUUGUGGGAUUUUACCCAAAUAACUUGUUUGGGACUCGACAAGUGAUUUUAACUAGAAAAACAAAAUUACAAUUUCACCCUACCCCAACUCUUUUGCUGCGUUUCUUCUUCCUCCCUUUCCUCUCUCAUUCCACCGUAAUCCAGCAGCGGUCGACCAACGGCAAUAGCCAUCUCUGCCGCUUUCGGUGACAGGCUCUGGUGCGCGAAUCUCAACUGGUCAUGGGAUACCCUUUCAUCCUUCGCCCUGUUCUUCUGGGUUUAUGGGUUUCAAACCUAGAACUCAGUGGACGGCGGGAUCGGUCGAGCUCCUCUUCUGCCUUCAUCGAGUGCUCACCGGUACGCGACCCAAUUGUUCAGGAGCCGUUGAGAUUAAUUUGUUCGUCUUGUUCCAGAUCUGAUUAGUUUGCCUCUUCCGGUGAGAUUGAGAGUUCCAGAACGAGAGAAUACUGACGAGAUGAGGGGCUUGAAUGAUGAACAAGAGAGGAACCCAGAACUCCAACGCAGAGCAACCUAGCCCCAUAAUCCCAUUUUCCCCCAUAAAUCUAAAAAUCUAAUCAUCUGCUUUUGCCGGAGGAGAGGAAGAAGGAGAAUUAGUCUGGAUGGAGAAGCCGACCGGCGGCGACAAUAAACUUUGAGGAAAGGAUGAUCUGGUUUCAGGGUGGAAGAAAGAAGGGAAGAAUGAAGGAGAUCGAUGAAGAGAUUGUGGGUUGACGGGGAUGGGAGAAUGAAGGAUGAAGAAGAAAGGAAGAAGGAAAGAACGAAGUGAGGGAGGGGCAAAGUUUGGAAAGAGUGAUAAAAAAAAUGAGUGAUUCUGAAAUAGCUGACGUGGCAGGUGAGGUGGACAUUGACUAACGGUCAACAGGUUUGACCAUCUAAUUUGACGGUCAAACCCGCCUCCAUGCCAAAUGAGAAAGUUUGCUACAUAGUUCAGGCUAGAAUAGCAAUUUCCAAUACCACGGACCAAAGUAGAAAGUAUGUGUAUAGUUAAGGCCAAACUAAGGUAUUAACCCUUUAAGUAAUAUUGGAUGUUUUAGGGCUUUUAAAUUCAAAUAAUUAGGGCGUUAAAUAGAAAUUCAGAAUAAUUAUGCGAGAUAAAAUUGGAAGAAAAAACAGUCAAUCAGAACGUUUGGUACCAAAUGAAUUCCUGUGUAGAAUUCAUUUUCAAAUGAAUUCCUGUGUUUGGUAUAUGCUAUUAGCGUUACAAUCAAAUUCUUGUCGACUUUCCUCAUACUGCAUGAAUUGGCACCAAAUAAUAUAUGUAGAAGUAAUUUUGUUAAUAAAUGAGAAUAAUUAUG